AUGUCUCCAUACCAAGUAGUGUUUGGAAAGUCGUUUCUUUUGCCCGUGAAAUUGGAGCAUAAGGCGUAUUGGUCCAUGAGAAGGAUCAAUCUUGACUUUGAAAAGGCCAGGGUCGAACGGAAGUCGCAACUCAAUGAAUUGGACGAGUUUCGAAUGGAGACGUAUGAGAGUUCUAGUAUUUGUAAAGAAAAGAUGAAGAAAUAUUAUGACAAAUUGAACGAAAGCGGGAGUUUACUGAACGUGAUCGAGUUAUAUUCUUCAAUGCACGACCCAAGUUAUUUCUCGGAAAGUUUAAGUCAAGGUGGUCAGGACUGUUUAUGA